AUGAGCUGCCGGAGAGCUCCCGCUGAAACCCUCGUAUCCUUACUACUCCUUCUCCUCCUGUUGGUGGCGAUCUCCUGCUCUGAAGGCCGAGGCGGUAGGGAUCCGGACCCUCGUGAGGUGGAGAGAUCCGGGUUGCUGCAGUUCAAAAGCUGCGUUACUUCCGACCCUGCUAGAUUACUUGUAGUAUGGGGCUCCGACGCCGACCACUGCUCCUGGCCCGGAGUCGGGUGUGACGGACGGUCACGGAUCGUUUCUGUUAAUAUCUCUGCGAAAGGCGGUGCCUUUAAGCUCCCCUGCUCCCGAUCCAGCCCUUAUCGGCGCAGCUGCUGCGAUCUCGAACGUAGGAUGGCUGGGACACUUAGUUCGUCCCUACGGAGUCUCUCAGAGCUCAGGGUGCUUUCUUUGCCGUUCCAUGACUUUGUUGGCGAGAUCCCGGGCGAUCUCUGGGGGUUGGAGAAACUGGAAUUACUUGAUCUAGAGGGCAACUCGCUUUCCGGUGGCUUGCCCUCACACUUCCCCCGACGCUUGCGUGUACUAAAUUUGGCUUCCAAUUUGAUCAAAGGUCAGAUCCCACUCUCACUCUCGAGAUGCGUGGAUUUAGAAAUCCUAGACCUGUCCGGCAACCAGCUCAACGAAACAAUUCCGAAACUUUUUCGUGGUUUCUCCAAGCUUAGAGAGCUCUAUCUUUCUUUUAAUCAGCUUGGCGGUCCGAUUCCUGAUGAGCUAGGAUUUGGGAGCCGGAGUCUGCAAAUAUUGGAUUUGUCUGGAAAUUUGCUUACUGAAAGCAUUCCGUCCAAUUUAGGCAAUUGCACUGAGUUGCAAUUUCUACUGUUAUUUUCCAACCUUCUUGAGGGUUUUAUUCCUCCUGAUCUUGGGUUAUUGAAAAAGCUUCAGGUUUUAGACAUCUCGAUGAACAGCCUGAGUGGAUAUAUACCUGCUGAGUUAGGAAACUGUUUAGAAUUGUCUGUUAUUGUUCUGAGUCAAUAUGGUCCUAUGUUAGAUGAGAAAGCCUCGAGCUCUGUUAAUAUUGAUGAAUUUAAUUGUUUCCAAGGAAUACUUGCUGAAAAUAUCACAGCUCUACCGAAGCUUAGGGUGCUUUGGGCACCAAGGGCAACAUUUGAAGGGAUGAUUCCUAGAAACUGGGGACUCUGUGAGAAUCUGGAGAUGGUUAAUUUAGGCCAGAAUCUAUUUCAAGGACAUAUACCACAGGCAUUUACCCAAUGCAAAAAACUUAAAUUUCUUAAUUUGAGCUCAAACAGAUUGACUGGUUGGCUCAACAAGGAGCUCCCAGUGCCAUGUAUGGAUGUCUUUGAUGUCAGUGGGAAUCAAUUGUCUGCCUCCAUCCCUAAAUUUACCAACAAAGAGUGCCCUUCAUCUAACAUCACAUUAGAUGAUCUGUCCUCAUCUUAUGUUUCUUUUUUUGCUUACAGCGGACUUAAAGAUCUGAAAAGGCUUCUUUCUGAACCUGGUGGUGAAUUUACAAUUUAUCACAAUUUGGCAAACAAUAAUUUUACAGGCGCUCUUUCUUCUUUACCAUUGGCCACCAGUAGGUCCAUGAACAAUACUGUCUAUGUAUUUCUUGCUAAUGGGAAUCAUCUUUUUGGGUCGCUGUCUGUUAUUAUAUUGGAGAAGUGCAGCAGGGUAAGUCAUUUGGUGAUCAACUUAAGCAACAAUAUGAUGUAUGGAAGAUUUACAUCAGAAGUAGGUACAAUAUGCCGGUCUCUUGUGGUGCUGGAUGUUUCCAGUAAUCAGAUAUCUGGAACCAUUCCUGCCAGUUUGGGGUUGUUAAAUAAUCUUGUUUGUCUGAAUUUGAGUUGGAAUCAGCUGCAGGGUGAGAUACCUGCCAGUAUCACACAGUUAAAAGGCUUAAAAUAUCUCUCAUUAGCUGGUAACAAUUUCAGCGGUCACAUUCCUCCUGACAUGAAUAAGUUGCAUUCUCUUCAGGUUUUGGAUCUGUCUUCAAAUUCCCUUGCUGGUUAUAUUCCAACUGGCUUUGUGAAGAUGAGAAAUCUCACUGCCCUUGUACUUAAUAACAACAAUCUUUCAGGGGUUAUUCCUUCAAUGUUCGCCAACUUUGCAUCACUUUCGAAAUUCAAUGUUUCAUUCAAUAAUUUGUCUGGAUCAUGGCCUGUUAAUGCCAGUACACUUAGAUGUGAUAGUGUCUUUGGAAACCCUUUGCUCCAACCUUGUCCUGCAUACUCUCUCUCUGUUCCUUCAUCUGAUACGCAAGGGAGCGGCCAUAGUCCACAGUCAUCUAUGGACUCAGCAUCAACAAACUCAUCCAAUGAUAGCAGUGGUGGCUUUAGUUCUAUUGAAAUUGCAUCUAUUGCGUCAGCAGCAGCCAUAGUUUCAGUCCUCUUAGCUCUGAUUGUCCUUUAUAUUUACACAAGAAAGUGUGCUCCAGGCAAUCGGUCCUCUGCUAGGUCUUCUGGAAGAAAGGAGGUGACUGUCUUUGUGGAUAUUGGGGUUCUACUGACUUAUGAGAGUGUUGCACUAGCAACUGGAGGUUUUAAUGCCAGCAACUGCAUUGGAAGUGGAGGUUUUGGAGCCACAUACAAGGCUGAAAUUUCACCAGGGGUUCUAGUGGCUAUAAAGAGACUCGCAAUUGGAAGGUUUCAAGGUGUUCAACAGUUCCAUGCAGAGAUCAAGACUCUUGGAAGAUUGCGGCAUUCUAAUCUUGUGACUCUGAUAGGUUACCAUCUUAGUGACUCUGAAAUGUUUCUGAUUUACAAUUAUCUUCCAGGUGGUAAUUUGGAGAGAUUUAUACAAGAAAGGUUGAGAAGACCUGUAAAUUGGAGGAUGCUUCACAAGAUUGCUUUAGACAUUGCCUGUGCUCUUAAUUACUUACACAAUGAGUGUGUUCCCCGGAUCCUUCAUCGGGAUGUUAAACCAAGCAACAUACUGUUGGACAAUGAAUUUAAUGCAUAUCUCUCAGAUUUUGGAUUGGCAAGGCUUCUAGGUAAUUCUGAGACGCAUGCAACUACAGGUGUGGCUGGAACUUUUGGAUAUGUUGCUCCUGAAUAUGCCAUGACAUGUCGGGUUUCUGAUAAAGCAGACGUUUAUAGCUAUGGUGUGGUGCUGUUGGAGCUAAUUUCAGAUAAGAAAGCACUGGAUCCUUCCUUCUCCCCCUAUGGGAAUGGUUUUAACAUAGUAACUUGGGCAUCCAUGUUAUUGCAAAAAGGCCGGGCCCGUGAGUUCUUCACUGAAGGGCUUUGGGAUGUGGCUCCCCAUGAUGAUUUGGUGGAAACCUUGCACUUGGGUGUGAAGUGUACUGUUGAUUCUCUUUCUAUUAGGCCCUCAAUGAAGCAAGUUGUUCGAAGACUAAAAGAACUCCAACCUCCACAUUUUGGGUGUGGCUAAUGUAUUCAUCUGGAAUGGUAAUUAUUUGUCUGCCUUCCCACUGAAGUAACUGAGCUUUCCCAAGGAUACAAUACCUUAGAGUUUUUGCCUGAUGAGUUUCAUGACAACCUGACUGGUAUAAGCAGUAUCCAUUGGAAUUCUUUCCCACAAAGAUCCGUCUAAGAGGGCCUUUGACUAGCAUAGUUGGAGAGCCUCCGGAUUUUAUUCGUGGGAACAAGAGAUACCUAUCACAGCGAGUGAAAGGCAUUGCCCAUCUUACUCGGUCAGUUCAUGUGGAGAAGUUCAUAGUUGCUACAGGCACUUGUGUGCACUAUCCUAUGCACUUAUCUGUGACAGAGAAGAUUGACAGGAGUUAUUUGGUUUUUUUUCCUUCAUAUGUUCUGGGGAAUGCUUCAGAUAUAUCAUGAUUUAGUUUCUGUUACUGAGUAUUUUGUAGCUGGAGACAAUGGAGGAGCUAAGAUGUCUCCUCCUCAGCAAGUUCUCCUUUCUUGUAUUGCUUCAUGGCUUUGAGACGAUAACACACUAGCGUCGGGCCAGUUCCUCCGGUGUAGUUUUUUUGAUGCUCAAGUUAGUACUUCGUCGAGAAAGAAGGAAAGUAAGAAAAAGGAAGGAGAAAAUUUUGAAGAAGAAAGAGUUAUCUUUUGCUAGUUAGAAGAAGAAGAUCAUCAUAUCUCGAAGUUAUCAUUCAAGGUGCUUGUAUAGUUGUUAAAGAGAUUCUCCAUUUCACUUGCCUUAGUGUCUUUCUUCUUCUUGCCUAGGUCAAUGAGAAUGCAGUUUUUAAUGGUU